GCGUCUUCCCUCGCCAGAUGCUGCUUGGAGGGAGUCCCAGAGCGGGGACUGAGUGCCGGGUCUGGGAGAAUCCAGCCCCGGGUUUGCACUCAAGCGCCCGCUCCUCCUCGCUGCACACCCUUGGCACAAGCAACUACUCAUUAACGGGCUGCUGCGCCUCGAUCUCUCUCUGUGACUCACAGGCAGGUGUUGUGAUUCCGUGGGGAGUCUCCAUCCGCUUACAGCUGAGGCAGGUGUGCAGACAAGCUGGUCUGUGCAGAGCCGAGCCCAGGUGGGACUGCAUCUCGAGGCAACCUGGAUUCCUCCAGAGGGUCCCAGUAGCGUGAACACAGCCAUGCGCUGCCCAGCUAUGCUCCUGCUCCUGGUUGGUGGGGUCGGGGCCUUUCGAAUCUGUGCCUUCAACACCCAGCGGCUGACACUUGCCAAGGUGGCCAGGGAGCAGGUGAUGGACACCUUAGUUCGGAUCGUGGCCCGCUGUGACAUCAUGGUGCUGCAGGAGGUGGUUGAUCCUUCUCCCAGUGUCAUCUCCCUCCUGAUUCGAGAGCUCAACCGAUACGAUGGCUCUGGGCCCUACAGCUUCCUGAGCAGCCCCUCUCUGGGGCGCAGCACGUACACGGAGAAGUACGUGUACAUCUACCGGUCGCACAAGACACAGGUCCAGGAUCACUAUGUGUACAAUGACGAGGAUGACGUCUUUGCUCGGGAGCCCUUCGUGGCCCAGUUCACUUUGCCCAGCAAGGUCCUUCCCAGCUUGGUGUUGGUCCCCCUACACACCACUCCGAAGGCUGUAGAGAAGGAGCUGAACGCCCUGUACGAUGUGUUUCUGGAUGUCUCCCAGCACUGGCAGAGCAAGGACAUGAUCCUGCUUGGGGACUUCAAUGCUGACUGUGGUUCACUGACCAAAAAGCGCCUGAAUGAGCUGGUACUGAGGACUCAGGCCGACUUCUACUGGGCAAUUGCCGAUGAGAAGGACACUACGGUGCGGGCCACCACCCACUGUGCCUACGACCGCAUAGUGCUGCAUGGAGAGCGCUGCCGGAGCCUACAACACAGGGCCGCAGCCUUCGACUUCCCCAGCGUGUUCCAGCUCACUGAGGAGGAGGCCCUCAACAUCAGUGACCAUUACCCCGUGGAGGUGGAGCUGGAGCUGAACAGGGCAGCACACCAGAUCCAGCCCCUCAGUCUCGCCACUCUGUUGCUGCCAUCACUGCUGCUGGUGCUGCCGCCACUCCUGCCCCCAAGCUGGGCUUGAUGGCCUGAACCUCACCCGGACCUCGGUGUCUGCUGCACACAGAUGUAGUGACGACAUUGUAUUUUGGGACUCAAACCCCAGCCUCUCCUGUCCAUCUGCCCUACAGCCAAAGCGACUCCUGAGGGGCUUCAACUGCAGCCCUCCUCCAUCCCCAGCCCUACCUUAUUGACUGGUUUGGGUCCUUUGGUUAAGCCUGUGCCUAGCAUUAGAAUGUGGAAGAGGAGGCAGGACCCUGAGGCUGAAGCCAUGGCACUCUUCCCCCAGGUCGUGUCAGGAGUGGGGGGGAAAGCAGGCAGGCUCUAGAGCUGAGGGAGGGGGAAAGGGUUCAGAAAAGGGAAUCACAACCUGUAAAAAAUGACAAGGAAACACACACUGAGGACAAAAAGCUACAUUACAGGGACACAUGUGCAUAGCAGAUAUAUCAAUGGACCACCUUUAUUGCACACAGGAUUCAUAUGAAUCAGUAUUAAGA